AUGGAAAUUAAAGAUAUUAUCAUAAAUAGUAAUUUAAUGUUACCACCACCAACAAUUUUAACAAUAAAUAAUAAAGAUGAUUAUACAUCAUUUACUUUUAAAGGGAAAUCUAUAUCGGUACCAAGGAAACAAAGAAUAACAAAAAAAACAAUUUAUGCCUGUGAUAUAAAUGGUACAAUGUUUCAAACAUAUAAUAUGGAUACAAACCGAUUAUUAAUAAUUAAAAAAAUUUCACUUUUACAAUUUAAAAAUCAUUUACAAGGUAGAAUGAUGUUAAGAAAUUGUCAUUACCAAAGAUUUUUUAAUCAUCAUCCAUUUGUAUCUGGUUUUAAAGUUUCAAAAAGAAAAUCAUUAAAUAUUAAAACAAAAAAUCUAAUUGAAUCUCCAGUUGAUGAUGGUACUGAUUUAUAUUUUGAAUUUGACCAAUCUGAUUUCACUUUAUACCAAAUGAUUAGAUCAGAUAAAGCAGCUUCAAGAAAACAAUGUCCAUAUGUUUUGUACCAAUUAUUAACAACUAUCAAAUAUAUAAACUCUGCUGGUGUAAUUCAUAGAAGUCUUGACCCAAAAACAAUUGCAGUUAAUAAAGAAUAUAAAACUAAAUUAUUUGAUUUUAGUUUUUCAAUUUCAACAGACUAUCCAACAGAUAUCUUUUUUAAAGAUUAUGAAGAAACUCCAUGGCCAUAUCGUUCUCCUGAAACAAUAAUAAUGUUAAAAGAAUUUUCAUUUGAAUGUGAUGUUUGGUCGAUUGGUGUAAUAUUUGCUGAAUUAAUUUUAGGUGAACAAUUAUUUAGAGGUGAAAGUAAACAAUCACUUCUUAUAGAAAUUUCAGAAUUAAUUGGUACACCAACAUAUGAUGAAUGUAAAGAAUCAACUAAUGGUUUCGCUAGAAAUUUUAUUUUAAACAUUCCAUUAAAAUCAAGACAUGGUGGAAUUAAAAAAAGAAUUCCAAAUGCAACUGAAGAAGAAAUUGAAAUUUUAGAAGGAAUGUUAUGUUGGAAUCCAAAGAAAAGAUGGCCAAUUGAAAGAAUUAUUCAGCAUCCUUAUUUUCAAAAUUAUUGUCAUAUUGAACAAUAUAAAUGUGAUAAAAAAUUCUCACUUGGUUCUCCAUAUGUUUUUCAUAGAUUAAAUGCAAAAGAAAUUAAAAAAAUAAUUGAAGAUGAAUUUGUUACCCAACCAUAA